GUCGAUGUUUCUCCUCACCAAAGAGAGUGACGGACGUUAGCCGCUCAACAUGCGCCAUUGAAAACAAACGUAGCCGGAACGGUGGUUAGGCUACAGUUAGAAGUCCGGUGGUUAGGAGCCAAAUCUAAUCUACAGUAAUAAUUAUACAGAUUUAAAAACUAUGGAGACUAUUUUGGAGCAGCAGCGUCGCUAUCAUGAAGAAAAGGAGCGGCUGAUGGACGCUAAAACCAAAGAAAUGCUCCAUAAAAAGUCCACGGUAGGCUGUUCGCUUUGUGCUAGCUUUAGCAUGAAUGCCAAUCGACGCUGCAAACACGAUAGUUAAUGUAUUUAUUUUCUCUAAUAUCAUUUUAUUCUGACAGCUGCGGGAACAGAUCAACUCUGACCAUCGGACCAGAGCGAUGCUGGACGUAAGUCAGAGUUUUAUUGAUAAAUCACUGUGGGUGCCAACGGGAGUCUUAAUGUUUCACUGUUAAUACUCGGUCUGAAGAAUAAUAACCAAAGUUAGAAAAAAAACUUUAUAUACAGGCUCAGAAUUACUGCAAAUAACGGUUUUCAAAUCGUCAAUACAUUUUCUGUAACUCGGGAAAAAGCUGUUUUAAAGGGAUAUUCAAAUUAAUAUUAAAAUGAAUUGAGGGUCAAACACACCGUAAUACAGAGUUAGACACCCCCAGGAGAAAUGCAUGUUGUCGACUGCUUUCUUCUCUAGUUUUACCAACUUUAGUGACGACCGCAGAUAGCAAUACACAGCGGUCUAAGGAGCCAUAAACAAACCUCGACCAAAAAGCCACUCUAUAGCCACAAAUAAUACUUAGAAUAGCACCUAACUUCACCAACAGUACAUGGCUGGCUCUGUGGAUUCAAGUUGGAAUCAGUGGAGGAUGUGGUGGAGAGAUCUACACUAUUCUGAAGAACAUGGAUCACCCACUUCAUAACACCCUAAUGGACCAAAAGGGCCAAUGGUGGUGGACAGCUCCUCUCUCUCUUUGCUGCAGGACAGAAAGAUUCAGAUCUUUUGUACCCACAGCCAUCAGACUUUAUAACUCUUGUGUAAAUAGUAGAUGGCUUUUAGAGACGUGACAAAUGAGACGACAGACAAUUGAAUUUUCCUUCGGGGAUCAAUAAAGUUAUUCUUAUUCUUAUAGGGUCCCAGCCAUAGCACUAGCCAUCAAACAUCUCUUAAACUUCGCCUAAUUUCUUUAGCAAAGAGACUCCACACAACUCACCUACUCUCUUCCAGCAGCUGCUUGUUUGUAGCAAGACCUCAGGCCAAUUCAUUACAUACUGUUGCGGGGUGACGCAGCUCAAGGAAGAACAUUUAUGAUCGUUUCUUUAUCAUUUCCUUGAAGUAAUAAUCAUCAUUUUUAAUCAUUUUGCACUGCAGAUGCAAUAGUUCUUCUGCCUUAGCGUCUUGGUCUGAUUGCAUUUCCAUAAAGAAAUGAUCAUAAAUGUUUUUCCUUGAGCUGCGUCACCCCACAGCAGCAAUGGACUGGCCCGAGGUCUCGCUACAAACAAGCGGCUGCUAUAAGAGAGCAGGUGAGUUGUGUUUAGUCUCUUUGCUAAAGAAAUCAGGCAAAGCUAAAAAGAUGUCUGGUGGCUAGUACUAUGGCUGGGACCCUAUGUGUACUGUUGAUGAAGUUCGGUGUUGUUCUGAGUAUUAUUUGUGGCUGUAGAGUGGCGUUUUGGUUGAGGUUUGUUGAUGGCUCCUCAGACUGCUGUGUAUUGCUAUCGUGCGGUUGUCACUAAAGUUGGUAUAACUAGAGAGGCAUGUGGUCGACAACAUGUAUCUCACAAGGGGUUGUCUAACUUGGUGUUAUGGUGUGUUUGACCCUACAUUAAUUUUACACCGGAAUAUCCCUUUAAUCCAUCUGCAUCAGAGACAGUAACCCCUACUACACACUAGAAAACUGAUCUUUUGGGUUAUUCAUCGAACAGGGAAACAAAAAAAAAAGGAAUUUUGAGUGCUUAAUAUGAGAAAUUAAGGGAAUUAUGACUGGAAAUGCAUAUAAAAAAUCAAACAGAGUUACCCAAAGAGUUGUGAGUAAAAACAGAAACUGACUCUAUUUUCUUCUGACAGAGGUAUAUGGAGGUGAGCGCAAACCUCCGAGACUCCUAUGAAGACAAAGAUGGGUGAGAAGCUGAUACACCAUCAUUCAUGUCCAGAUAUAGUAGAGAUCCUUCCUCUCAUGGGAGAUGCUGAACACUCACUGAAGCUUGUGUUUUAAAAACAAUCAUGUUUCCUUUCUGUCUACUUUUUUGACACAUUUGAAACUUGAUCUUUACUCUUAAAAAUCAAUGUUACUUUUGUUCUGAGUAUCUGCUUUUCUUUCAGAAUGAGGAGAGAUGAACUUGCUGCCAUCUCAGGACCAAACGAGUUUGCUGAGUUUUACAACAGACUGAAACAGAUAAAGGAGUUUCACAGGAAGCACCCCAAUGAGGUAGAUAACCCUUUUAUUUUAUGGUGACACUUAACUGACCCUGUGACUCUGCGCUGUAAAAAUAACGCUAUCAUGUGUUUCCGGUAGAUCUCCAUCCCCAUGUCUGCAGAGUUUGAGGAGCUGAUGAAGGCUAGAGACAACCCGAGCGAGGAGGCUCAGAGUAAGCCCUCAUCCUUUCAAAACAGUUUACAAGUGAAUCAGGAAUCAGCAGACUUGAAACCCCAGCUUCCAUCAAUGUUAUUGUGACAAUGAUUUAUUUAUGUGCCUAAAAAAAAUCUCAAAAUCUUACCUUUGAGCUUGAUUGUAUAUCUUUAAAUUGGCUGCAGUAGUUUUUAUAACAGCAUAAUUUGAGACUGACCUUUUCGAUGGAUCGUCGGUGUAAACCUGUUGUCCUUGGCAGACCUGGUGGAGUUCACCGAUGAGGAAGGAUACGGUCGUUACCUCGACCUCCACGACUGCUACCUGAAGUACAUCAACCUGAAGGGUGCUGAGGUAAUAAAACUUUGAAGCUUGAAUAAUUUGUGCGGAACCUCAAAUCAUUAUAUAUAAAUAUAUGUUUUAACCGCAAUUGCUUUAUUUCUUCCUACCAGAAACUUGAGUACAUCACGUUCCUGUCUUCAUUUGACCAGCUGUUUGACAUCCCCAAAGACAGGAAGAACGCAGAGUAUAAAAAGUAGGUCCAACUUAUUAACAUAUCCUUGCCACUUUGAAUCCUUACAUCAGAAAUAUACACUCAACUACAAGGACAAGAAGAUUAACCCCUGCUUGCAGUGACAGGAUGAUGGAUGUGUUUAACAAUACUGUAUGUCAAAAACGUACAAGAUUAUACAUGAAGUUUGCUGUCACACUUAGAUGAUGUAUCUGUAUAUGCAGGUAUUUGGAGAUGCUUUUGGAGUACCUGCAGGACUACACAGAUCGGGUUAAACCUCUGCUGGACCAAAACGAGCUCUACGGCAAAGUGCUGACAGACUUUGAGAAGAAAUGGGAGACUGGGAACUUUCCUGGCUGGCCUGUAAGUUUUAUGUGUGGGCUCUCUGUUGUUGAAUUGAUUUAGUGUUGGGCAGUAUGACGGUAUAUACAGUGUGACGGUAUAAAAGUGUCCACCAGUAGAAAUUUUGCUAUACCAUUUUUACCAGAGAAAGAGAGUCAGUCAGUCAGUCAGUCAGUCAGUCAGUCAGUCAGUCGAUGUCUGCCGCAUCUCUCUGAGUCAGUGUGUCGUGGUCUGCGCUUGCUAACAGGAAAGCCAGAGCGCAUCCGUUUAGGUGCAUUUCCAUAUAUUAACCAGCGUGUCGUGCGGAAUUUGUUCGCUCUGUUUGAUUGGUCAGGUUGGGGUGCGCUCUUUAUAAUCACCAGCAUGUCCAGCAGACUGCUUGGCAUAGUUUCGGCAAAAAAGAAACAGCUUCACCGGUGGUGGUUUUGGCGGACGUGGAGAUUAGUGGAGGAGGAGGAACUCAUUCCGAAAAAGGACGCGAGUCGCGACAUCGGUUGUCUGGAGAUUCUUUUGAUUUAGAAAAUCCGACAAUGAUCAAAAAACAAUACUAUGCAAAGAGUGUCGUGUGGCCGUCGUUAGUGGAGGUGAAAACACCAUCAAACUCUUCCACCACCUAAAGAUGAAACACGCCAAGCUCUAUUAUGAAAGCCAAAAGAUGCGUGGUGCACCCGCUGCACCUAAAACCAAAGCUGCAGCAGCUCCUCUCAUACAAAAGAGCUUGGCAGAGUCUUUCGCUGAAGGUACACCAUAUGAUAAAAAAAAUGCCAGACCAGUCUGGCAUUUUUUUUUCAUUUGUAUACAAAUCUGAGUUUAAAAAAUCAAAGUAAGAUGAAAGAAUGCAACAGUACGGUUAUUUUUAAGCCAUGAACUGAAUUUACAGGGAAAAAAACAUACCGUGAUAUUUACAGUUACCGUGAUUCAUACUGCCCUACACUAAUUUGAUUUCUGUGUUUUGUGUAUCAUCUGACCUUUUUUUUAAUUGUUUGAACUAUAGAAAGAAACAAGCAGUGCUUUGACACACGCUGGAGCUCAUCUGGACCUCUCUGCAUUUUCUUCCUGGGAGGUAAAACACAAAACUCCACAUGCUAAGAUUUUAGUCAAAUUAAUAUCAGAGGUGUUCAUUUACUCAACAAAACAUGUUUUUUUUUUUUUUUUGUAUUCCUAUGCUCAGGAGUUGGCCUCUUUGGGUCUGGACAGGUUGAAGUCUGCUCUCAUGGCGCUGGGCCUGAAAUGUGGAGGGUGAGUCUACUUCUAUCAACAUUUGACAUCUAAACUUCUCUGAAUUUGGGGUGGAAUAAUUGUCUGCAGAAUGUGGAAUAAAACCAAAAAUGGAAGCAGUAACAACACUACUUGAGCACAUUUGAUUUACCUGAAGGCCAGCAGAGUGGACUUGUGGAUGAUUUGAUGUGUGCAUAUGCUGACAGGACUUUGGAGGAGAGAGCUCAGAGGCUCUUCAGCACCAAAGGAAAGUCCCUGGAAUCCCUGGACCCAUCUCUAUUUGCCAAGAAUCCCAAAGCCAAAGGCCCUAAAAAGUAAGUGGCUGUUUAAAUUUCCCUGUAACUAUGACAGUGUCUUAUGAGAGGUUUCAUCACAUAAUCCAUAACUCUUCCCAUCCCUCACCGCUGCAGAGACACAGAGCGUAACAAGGAAAUUGGCUUCCUGGAAGCUCAGGUCUAUGAAUAUGUGGAGAUCCUCGGGGUGAGUCUAUAAAUCUUCAGGUCACCUCUGCUGCUUGAUUCAGAAAUGAAGAGCCAAUAGUUUGUGAAAGCGUGAUAGCUUUAGUAACAGUGCUUUGUGUUGAUGGGUCUGCAGGAACAGAGGCAGCUGACUCAUGAGAAUGUGCAGAGGAAACAGGCCCGCACCGGAGAGGAGCGUGAGGAAGAGGAGGAGGAGCAGCUGAGUGAGAGCGAGAGUGAAGAUGAAGACAACGAGAUUAUCUACAACCCCAAGAACCUGCCGCUGGGCUGGGACGGCAAGGUGAGGAGACAACACUUUUUUUUAAAUUGAGGUAGCUGAAGAGACCAGGAUUUAGCUGCUCAAUAGUUCAGGGACAAGUCAAGACUGCAGGCAGGCCAGGUGAUCAGCAGGACUCUUCUUCUACAGAUCCAUGCUCUUAUAAUCCCUGUUGUCAGAAUGUGGUUUGUCAUUGUCUUACUGAAGUAUGAAGGUCUUCAAUGAAAAAGUCUUAGUCUGGAUGUCAGCAGAUGUUGCUCCUAAACCUGUAGAUAUUGUUCAGCAUUAAUGGAGCCUUCACAGAUAUUAAAGAUUCCCAUGACAUGAACUUUAAUGAUCUUCAUACCAUCAGGGAUGCUGGCUUUGGACUGGGAGUCAAACCCUUUUUUUACUAGUCUGACAUGACUUUUGUCUGUUUUUUUUCCCCUCUUCAGCCGAUUCCAUACUGGCUUUAUAAACUGCACGGGCUGAACAUCAACUACAACUGUGAGAUCUGUGGAAACUACACCUACAGGGGCCCUAAAGCCUUCCAGAGACACUUUGCGGUACAUUCUUAUUGUUUCAUUUAGGACUCACUAUUCAGCUUCUCCUCUGUCCUCUCAUCAAAGUCCUCAAAAUCCUGAAAACGUAACACCUUUAUACAAUUAAAGUCGGUCUUCUGCAGCUUCAGUGGGUUUUGUGUUGUUUUUGCAGGAGUGGAGGCACGCUCAUGGGAUGCGCUGUCUGGGAAUCCCCAACACGGCUCACUUCGCCAAUGUCACACAGAUCGAGGACGCCGUCUCUUGUAAGAGUCUCUUAAAUGAGUUAGCAAUUUUUUUUUUCAAAUAUUUCUAGCUGUGGUUUAUUCAUGGUUUUCUGUUUGUUCCUCCAGUGUGGGCAAAACUGAAGUCUCAGAAGGCGUUGGAGCGAUGGCAGCCCGACACAGAGGUAAGAAAUAGUGUUUCUCUGUGGCUGCAAAAAUGUCAAACUGCGCUAUUGACAGGCAAACCACAGUGAUAAAAAACGACCAUUGAAACCGCUAUGUUCCUGUUUUUCUUUUUUUUCUCAUUAGGUUUUGUUGCUCUAGAUUUACACUCUAAUAAGAAACUUUGAACUUGAUUUCUUUCUGUCAACAAACUGUAUGGUCACCAAUCAAAAGGUUUUUACUAGUCCGGUUUUAAAUCCUUACAAUACUAAUGCAGGUUUUGUUUCUGAUAGAGAAAUUUUAAAAGUCAACUGUGCAAAGGUCCAGAAUAAUUCAUCAAAACACAACAUAGACACAUUCAGAAAGCAGCAUAGAAACUGAACAAAGAUGAAGCUCCACAAACCAGAUCCAUUCAGUUUAAACGAAUUCUUAAUUCAAAGGGAGGGUCAAAGACUGGAGGAAAGAGCUCUUUAGCUAGUUUUUUAGAGUUCAGUCUGUUUUUCUACUUUUAUAAAAAUGUUCCUCUUGAGGAAUUUAGAUAAUAUAUUUGCUUACUGGCUCACUUUGUUGUUUUUUUUAGGAGGAGUAUGAAGACUCGAGUGGAAACGUGGUCAACAAGAAGACUUACGAGGAUCUGAAGAGACAGGGUCUGCUGUAGAGGAGAGAGAAAAACUGUCUCACAGAAGAAGAAAGAGUCUCCUUUAAAAUUUGCUAUAUUUUUUAUCACCCAUAUUUCUUUUUAUUUGUAUGUAGUAAAGUUUUACAGACUGUGUCCCGCUCCUCCAUCCCUUCCUUAGAUAACUUUGUAAUGUGGCAACCAUUGAUCAUUCAAAUAAACUGAGUACUUUUGACACUGAACCGUCUGUGUGUGUGUCCUAGCUGACUUGUAACGCAUUUAAUCUCUUUGUACUGAUCGAAUUUACAACAGUAAUUUUAUGGCAGUAAUAAAAUCUUGACUAGUUAAACUUGUAAAGCUCGUCUGUUAUUCCCUUUAUGAGAAAACCUGCAGACGCAACACAAGAAAGUUAAAACUUCAGGAAAAUGUCUGUUUUUUAAAGACAAUGAAUUCAAAAUCAAUUACAGUGAGAGAAAAAAAACUGCGAUCCAUUCAGGGGAUCAUUUCAGCAGCUAUUAGUAUUUAUUAGUAAUUUCUUGAUUCAACAGUAUAUGAAAACAGGUGGAGUUUUCUCUGAAGUCCUUUACAUCUCUGAUUAGGAAUAUAUUUUCUGAUUAAACAUGGACUGUGAGUAUGUGAUCAAAUAAGGGGCAAAAAGAUUCUGUGCUUGUACAACAAUGUUCAAAUGUGUAAUAAAGUUUUGUGCUUGUAAAAAUAUUUUGUGUCCACGUAAAAACACUUGAUGCUUUUGAAGAUUUUGUGCAUGUGUAACAAAGUUUUGAAGCCGGGUUAUAAAGGCUGGUGAGCAAAAAGGGCAACUCUGAGGGCGGAAGAACUGUGGUUAAGAGGACUAUGCAUGAAGCCUUCUGAAGUUAUAAAAAAAUGAACAUUUAUGAUCGUUUCUUUAUCAUUUCCUUGAAGUAAUAAUCACCAUAUUUAUCAUUUUGCACUGCAGACGCACCAGUUCUUCUGCCUUAGUGUCUUGGUCUGAUUGCAUUUCCAAAAAGAAAUUAUCAUAAAUGUUCUUCCUUGAGCUGCGUCAUCCCGCUGUAGUCUGUAAUGGAUUGGCCCCAGGUCUCGCUACAAACAAGCAGCUGCUGGAAGAGAGUAGGUGAGUUGUGUUUAGUCUCUUUGCUGAAGAAAUUAGACAAAGUUAAAAAGAUGUUUGAUGGUUAUUACUAUGGCUGGGACCCUAUAUGUACUGUUGAUGAAGUUAGGUGCUGUUCUGAACAUUAUUUGUGGUUAUAGAGUGGCUUCUUGGAUGAGGUUUGUUUAUGGCUCCUCAGACCGCUGUGUAUUGCUAUUGUUCGUUACUAAAGUUUGUAUGACUAGAGAAGCAGGUGGUCGACAACAUUCAUCUCUCAAGGGGGUGUCUAACUUGGUGUUACGGUGUGUUUGACCUUAAAUUAAUUUUACACCAGAAUAUAGCUUCAAUAAUUUUACAUUUGAUAUUCAAGUGUUGAAGAAUUGAAUAUAUGAUCUGUUUGGACUGUGUUAUCUAUCCACAGUGUUUACAAUGUGAGACAAGUCUGCUUAAAAGGCCACCACUCAUUGAAUUUCAGAAGAGGAGCACCUUGUGUAGUUUUUGUAUUGAUUCACUGUCUAUAAAAAGAUAGUACUUGAUUUGUUUUAUCACAAUAUUAAUAAAAUCUUAACCACUUCA